AUGUCAAGUAUUGAUCAUAAUUGGCCAAAGUACCCCCUCGAGAUUGGAGGAGUAGAAACUGUCACUUUAGGUGAUCAGGAAGCCCGAACUAGAAAUUCUAAGAAAAGCAUUUUUGAGAGGAAAGCUCCUCCAACAUUUCCUUUUUUGAUUGAAAUGAGGGAGAGGCACUACUGGGUUACGCAUUGGACAGAAAGGAGUGUGGAUUUGUUUCUUUGUGGGAAAAAGCCAUUGGUUGAGGUCUCUAACAUUGGUAAAGACUAAUACCUCGUUGUUUUGAAGGUCAGGAGAAGGGAUGAGCAGUCCAAGUUUGUGAUAGAAAGAUGGAAAAUAGAGGACUGAUCAUAUGUUUCAUGUAAUUAUAGAUUCUUACCCCCCCCCCCCUUCCCAACUGAAAAAUAACAUUAAUAUCAUUCCCCUAUUUCGGUAUAUGAUGAUUGAUAAUCAAGUGAC